GCUCAAGGGUCUCUGGGAGAUGUACCAGCCGCAAAACUGUCUGGGAAACGUAGUCGGUACCGCUCAGUAACCGCCUGUUUGCGAAGCUUCCUGGGAAAUGUAGUCGUCCUGGCGGCGUGAGGGGAAACAGAGGUCGCCUUUUUGAGUUGAAGUCUGAGUGUGAUCCGAGAAGAUGUUGGAGCCUAAGAGAUCCACCCGCGCCCGCGCGGGGGACUAAAGGCCCGGACUUAGAAAGAGUAAGCCUAGAAGGCGGUUGUCACGGCAACCCGGGGGGAUUGUUAGGGAGGAGCGAGUCCUGGGUCACGUGAUUGCACUCGGGAUGGGGCUUCCGUGUAGCAGGUGGGGCCGAAGCCAAGCCGGGGUAGCAGAGAGCCCCGCGGAAGCUGUUGCCAGGCAACGCUCGGGCGCGUGGUCCCCACGGCCCGGCCCCUCCCUAACUGGAGGAGGUGUGCUUGGAGUCACAUGACUCGGGCUCUACUGGGAAGGGGGCGCGGUCCAGGACCCGGUCAGACUAGGCCGUGAAAGGAGACCCGAGGGCGUUCGCGUGGCUCCCAGCCUGGGACCCGGCCCCUCAGGACAGUGGGGAAAACUGAGGCCUGAGUGGGUGAGUGCGUGUUUGGGGGUGCGCAGCGAGUCACACGCCCUGAGGUCCAAGGGGCCAGUGCUUCAAGCCCGGAUCUGAUCCCUUCCCAUUCCUCCCGCAUCCUACAUCCCAGCCCACCUACUUCAACCUUUAAUCUGCCCAUCCAUCCCGCCUCGUGCCCUCGGUAGAGUGCCGUAGCGUCACAGCUUACAGCAAUCUUCAGGUCUUGGGCUUAGGUGAUUCUCUUGUCUCAGCCUCCCGAGUAGCUGGGACUACGGGCACCCGCCAGAACGCCCGGCUAUUUUUUUGUUGCAGUUUGGCCGAGGCCAGGUUUGAACCCACUACCCUCAGUAACCCUCGGUAUAUGGGGCCAGCAGGCGCCGCCCCAGAUUUCUUAUGACAAAAAUCCCUUUGGCUGUGUGGAGAGGGAAGGCUGGAGGAUUUGCAGAUAGGAAAGCCAGAGUGGAGUUAGAGGAACAAACCUGGGCAGGUUUGAGGUCAGAUCCUGAGUCUAGGGGCCUGAAGGAUGUCAAGGGGAGACGCUAAGAGAAUAGCAGGGGGCAAAGGCUAUAGGGCUGGACCCAGAGAUAGAAGAUUUGGGGACACCUCAACACCACCUUCACCUGGUCACUCUCAGCUCCCUGGGUUCUGAGCUCUCCCAGUCCUCAUCCAAUUCAUAGGAUAAAAAUCCCAAGAUGUGAUGAGUUUGUACCCUUUUCUGGGAAGACCCAUGACCCCUGGAACUUUAAGAACCCUGCCUGUUUUUUCUAUUUCACCAUCUCCCUGGAGAUGUAAAUCAGCUCCCACAGGUGAGAUCACACCUGAACCCCAAUGACUUGGGCACUUCUAUCUCCAUCCCCAGCCCUGUGCAUCCACCUCCUUAUAGGUGUCUCCAGAAAGAAGUAUCUCUCUGGGCUUCCCCAGCUCUCUGGCCUCCCACAUACCUCAUAUUGCUCUAUUGUCAAUCUAAUACCUAUUGAGCACCUACUGUAUGCCUAGCAUAAUUUGCGGCACUGAAGACCUAAUAGUGAACAAAACAGAAGCAGGUUUUCAGUUCCUUCCUGCCCUUAUGCAGCUGACAGUCUAGGAGAGACAGGGAGAACGAACAUGUAACAUAUUAUCAAGUGCUUUCAGUUAAUGACAAGUGCUCAGAAGAUGAAAGUUCUAGAGGUAAGAGAGACAGGUAUGAGGAAGGGAGAUUUAGAAAAGAGGUCCCUUCAGAGGAGGUAAUUUUUUUUUUUUUUUUUUUUUGCACUGAACUUGAAAGCAGUGAGAGAACAAGCCAUUGGGUUAUAUUUGGGGAAACUGUUUCAAUCAGCCAGGGCAAAGGGCCUAAGGCAGGAUGGUGAAGAAGAGGCUGCUGUAGCAGAGCACAGUGGGCAAGAAGAGCUGUUCUGUGUAGGGCUGUUUUUAUCAGCCCUGUUUUAGGAAGUUCAGUUUUUAUCCUAAAUAAAUCAGGGAGGAUUUUCAGCCAGGGGCAGGCAAGAUAUGAUUUACCUGCCAGGUAGAGGGAGGGGUGAGCCACAGUGGUGACCUGGACAGGUGGUGGUUGUGGAGGUGGAGAAGAGGGGGUGGAACCAUGGCAGGGAACAUCACCAAAGGCUUAUCAAACCUGUGUGGCUGUGGGCCAGACCUGUGCUGGCCACCCUCUCUCCCACUGCAGGCCCAGGGAGGGCCAUGAAGGUGCUGCUCCUCACAGCGCUGGGGGCCUUGCUCUUCGCCUAUUAUUGGGAUGACAACUUUGACCCAGCCAGCCUCCAGGGGGCUCGUGUGCUGCUAACUGGAGCCAGUGCAGGUGUCGGGGAGGAGCUGGCAUACCACUAUGCACGCUUGGGCUCUCACCUGGUGCUUACUGCCUACACGGAGGCCCUGCUGCAGAAGGUGGUAGGGAACUGCCGGAAGCUGGGCGCCCCCAAGGUCUUCUACAUCGCGGCGGACAUGGCCUCCCCCGAGGCGCCUGAGCACGUGGUGCAGUUUGCGCUGGACAAGCUGGGCGGGCUGGACUACCUGGUGCUGAACCACAUCGGCGGCGCUCCGGCUGGCAUGCGGUCCCGCAGCGCCCAGGCUACAAGCUGGCUCUUGCAGGCCCAGCCUCGCCCCCGGCUCUGCUUCCGCCUGGUAACUCACAGUCGCGGUCUGCAGGUGAACUUCCUGAGUUAUGUGCAACUGACUUCGCUGGCUCUGCCGAGCCUGACGGAUAGCAAGGGCUCCCUGGUCGUGGUGUCCUCGCUGCUUGGCCGCGUGCCCACGUCCUUUUCCACCCCCUACUCCGCGUCCAAGUUCGCGUUGGACGGCUUCUUCCGCUCCCUGCGGCGGGAGCUGGACGUGCAGGAUGUGAACGUGGCUAUCACAAUGUGCGUCCUGGGCCUCCGAGAUCGCGCCUUCGUGGCCGAGAGAGUCAGGGGCGUCACUAGGGCCAAGGAGGCCCCGAGGCCCAAGGCGGCCCUGGCCGUGAUUCGCGGUGGUGCCACGCGUUCUUCUGGCGUCUUCUACCCCUGGCGCUUCCACCUACUCUGCUUGCUCCGGGGCUGGCUGCCACGCCCGCGCGCCUGGUUCAUCCGCCAGGAGUUUAACGUCACCUCUGCAGCUGCCGCCUGAGCUGGGGGUGUUGCCUCUCAUCUUCUCCAAUGUGGGACGCCAUUCAGGACACUAACAGAGACAAUUCUGAGAGGGUGGCCACAGCCUAAGACAGUCAUAAAGACAGAAAAGCAAAACCGAGAAUAACUACCAGCACCUGGAAGUAUUCACAGUUGUGGGUGUGUAAAGACAGACCAUUGUGUUAGGUGCCUUGUUAGCAACUUGGAAGGCAUCGCCUGUCUUUUGGCCGUCACUAGUGCCAAGAUUACUGCUUCCAUUUUGCAGAUGAGGAGACAGGUGAGGUUACCCAGGUCACACCACCCCUGAGCCACACUGGGAGCUGUCUCCAUCUCCCAUCUAAAUCUGUGUCCAUGAUUUAUUUUUCCCACUCAUUAAAUCUGGGCGCACCCCCAAUCCCUGCCACCUUCUCCCAGCUGGGGUCUCUGGUUUGUUCAACAUCCCAGGGUGUACAACUGAUGUCCAGGAUAGAGGAGGAGGGGGAAGAAGACUGGAAGAGUGUGUUCUGGGCUGGACCCAACCUCCUAUUUCAUAAUAAAAAUUCUUCUUCCCUGACAUGAUCUGUUGUUAAAAUU